GUCUGUCCACAAACAGCGCUAACGCCGCCGAAGCACGGAUGUGUUUCGCUUCGAGCAAAACUUCUUUACAUCAACAGCUAACUCAGUAUGUAGUUAAACAGUUGGGCUGUGAUAAUUUAAGAGUUUGGAUGAAUCUUUGACUCCGUAAAGACGCUCUCUCGUCUAUUUCCAGAUAAGAGAACAAUGUCAAAGUUUGAGUCCUUGYUGGCAGAUGGACUUCAAUCCGAGAUAUUUCUCCAGCUUCAUCUCAAGGCCAUGAGAAAGGCCCUUGGGCAGCAGUUACAGGAGACAAAAAUGAAACAGACCGAGGAGCUCGAAAAAAGGAUUUAUCAGAACUCUCUCUUGUCCACAAAUGGAGCUGGAAAGUCAGGAGAUGAGAAAGACCUGAACCCUAAUCCUAGAUUUGUGAAAGUGAGGAGCUCCACCUCUGAAUCAGCUCGAACUUUAGACGAGACGUCCAACAAACAGAGGCCUAACGCAAGUUCUCUAGMUUUGUCAUUAAACCCGAAGCAUCGUUUUUCUAUGGCUCAGCCUUGCGAACGAUUUGCUUCAUCCAAAACAACACAGCAGAGCAAAGAGGAGGAGGACGAGGCUGAGUGCAAAAAGAAGUUCUCUGCUGUCCCUCUUCCUGUCCGCAUCAUUCAGCCCAUCUACCAUGAGAUGAUGGAGCUGAGAGAAAAGGAGAGGAAACAGGGCUGUGAGCAAAGGAAAAUGUUCUUACUCUCUACUCAGAAGCCUUUCAGCUUUGAGGAAAGGGAAAAAAACAAAAAGGAGAAGUUGAUGAAAACAUUAAACCAGGUCCCACAAGUUCCUGAAAACAGUAUUUGUACAAAAAUACACAAGUACAUCAAGACCUCAAGUGAAUUAAAAGACAAGGAGGAGAUUUGUAGAAAGGUUGACACUCGAGGGACAAUGCAGCAGGAAAACUCAGCUCAGACUCARAGCCCCAAAAUCCGCUCCGCCGAUCUCACCAGGAAGAAAAGGCUGGGGUUCUUGGACGAAAAGCCGAGCUUCCAACCAAAAAUCAUCCAGAAGGUGCCGGACUUCAGCCGGCUGCACAAGGCCCUGCAGACAGCAGCCCUGAACAAAAUGCCAAGUAAAGACAUGACCAGGUGUCAACCCUUUUUCUUGAGGACGUCAGCUCGACCUGUGAGGAAGAGUAAGGAGAGCCCAGAAACCUCACAGGUGCCUAUAUUCAGUCAUGUGAGCAGAAGCAGGUCACUUGGAGCUUUAACGCUGAUACCCCCUGACACUCUCCCCACGUUCAUCACAGACGCUGUGAGGCAGCGCCACAUGGCCAUCAGGAARUCCAUGGAGUUGAGGCAAAGUAAGAAUCAAGAAACGGCAGACUGGUUGAGGAGCUACCAGAUGAGAUCCCAAGCCAUGAAGAAGUCCGUUGCUCUUCACGCAAAGUUCCUGGACCCCCACAGCAGCUUAAAAGACGUGCUUAAUGAAAAUCUAAAGCGCCACCUGGAGACUGAUCAGAGGAGAAUGAGAGAAUACAUGAGGGAACUGCACGAGAUGAAGGCCCGAAUUAGUCAACGCCCUUAUUUGUUUGAACAGGUGAAACAGAGAAAUGCAAAGGCCAGUGCAGAGCAGAACUACAGGAGUAAACUCCAAAACGUUGGGUUAGAGGAGAAGUUUGUUGAAGAAGCUGGAGAGUUGUUCAGAUCUAAUGAUGACACAGAAACAAACAACUCCGGUGCUGAAGAUGAAAAACAAAGCAGGGAAGAAAAUGUGGACGAUGUGGAGCAAAUUGAAGAUGUGGGGGUGAAGAGCGUGAAGUCCAGAGGGGAAGAAACGCUAUGAUCAAAAAGGUUUCCGGUACAGCUGAGUUUUUUGUGGCCUCUCUACUAGAAAACAACACUGUUCUCAAAAGUGAUUCAUGUCACAGCGAACACUAACGACCUGAUAGUUUAUUAUGCACAUCCAUUAAUUAUAAAAUCAAAGAAACGUGAAAUUUACUACCACAAGUGUAUGGCAUUACAACUGAAAAAGAACGAUUUCAUAGAACUGCAGAUAUAUAUGGGUAAUUAUUUUAUUACGAGACAUUUURGGGAAAAUUGUAAAGAUUUCUGGAAGACCGCAAAAAUAUGUCUGUAAGGAGACAUAUGCUUUUAAAUCUUUCUUUUUCACAUUUAAAUCAUUCACUUGGGGUCUUUAUAAAGUGGAACUACAAUG